AUGUGCACACUAAAUGACAUGGACGUCUCCACUGCUGUGGAAAUUGCAACAGUGCUGCAAUCAAUGAAAGAUGUAACCCAUAUCAUGUUAGAAGAUUCUACGUAUACACUCUCAGUUAUUGCUCCUUUGACACAGAAGCUGCUGGCAUUGCUGCUAACAUGCCAGAUAAGUGCAAGUAACUGCUUCCUUUUUGGAUCCCAGAUUCAAAGCCCUGCCUUUCCUUUACAAAGGAGGACCAGCUGGAAGUCCAUGUCAAAGAUCUAA